CCAGAACAGUUUAGCAAUCGAUAGGACUUUCUGGGAUGGGAAAAUGAUCCAAUGAUAGGAAAUUAUAGUUGCAAGACAAAUAUAUGGGGCAUGUGAGUUAUAAUGUUCCAACUUGCUGUAAUAACCCGCUUUGGCAUUGGCUACGAACCGUUUUUACCUUCAUUCAAUAUUGCGGGUGCACCGCCGAAGGGCGUUAGUUACGGCUUAAACUUAGAACCUUUUCCCUAUAGUGAAUCCCUUAAAGGCUUGAUAUUUUCAUGUCUCUAUGAGGAUCCACGGUUCAGGCCGUCACCUUUGGAAUUGAGAACUGAAGUAGCUAGAGGGUUGAAGGUUGCUAUUGCCAAUGGUGGGACGGUGGAUCCCUGGGACUAUUUUCACCCGCCAGUUGUCGCACCGGCACCUCCAGCCGAGCCUCCCGUAGUUCCACCUCCCGCAGUUCCGCCUCCCGCAGUUGCGCCUGAGCCACCUCCACCGAUUGUCACGCCUGCACCAAUGCCACUUAUACCAUCCACUUGCCAACAUAUUUUCAAGCAAGGCGACAAUAGUGGUAAGAAGUGUGGAGCGAGCUGUAUGACUUUUCGAGACGUGAUCAAUGCCGGCAAUCAGCGCUGUCAGAGGCAUCCUCGAGAUCGGUUUCCCUAGAUAAAAUUUACAGACGUGGUUGAGCAUUAUUAGAGUAAGGAUAGCAGGACUAGCCCA